AACACACAACAACAAAAAAAAAAAAAAGCAAACAAAAAAAGAGAGAUAAAACAGGAAGACAUUUCCUACGUGGAUAGCCUGGAAUGCAGCUUUGACCUGGACGCACAGGGGAACAAAGAUUGGCUCCAACCUGCGAUAAUGUUUAUUUUACUGGCUUUUCAGCCUUUCUGACUGCAGCACCAGGAUGGAAUGGGGAUUAUGAAGGAGCCUUCCUCUCUUAAACAAAGAAGCACACCUCCGCCGGACUGGAGCAGCGUCGUGCGAAAGGGAAAACCCUUUGCGGGAAAUGGAGAAGGAAGACUGGUUUGAGCCAAACAACACAGGCAGGCUGAGAUUUCUGCAUUGUUAGCAGCUGCUCCUCCGCCCUGCUGAGUGACAGAGCGUUCCUUUUCCUCACCACAUGCAGCAACAGAGUGUUUACUAAUCGGGGCAAAUCAGUAAAAACAAUGAGACUGGACUGUCUGCGGUUGUUGGUGGUUGUGGUGCUAAGUGGCCUCAGCGGCUCCGCGGUGCCGCUCGCCUGCAAAACAUCCGAUGAACGGCCGAGGAGCGGAGCGAAAAGCCCGGCAUCCGACAGGAAAGUGGUCUGCAGCAACAUGGAGCUCCAUCAAGUGUUACCUCCGGACUCCUUCCCCAACAGAACAGUAACACUAAUUCUCAAUAACAACAAGAUUCAAGAACUCAGAAGUGGAGCCUUUUUUGGAUUGUCGAAUUUGGAGAAACUAGACCUCCGGAGUAACAUGAUCAGUCGCAUUGAGCCGGGAGCUUUCCUUGGACUCAGAGCACUGAAGAAACUGGACCUGUUUAACAACAGCAUUAGCUGUCUAAAUGGAGACAUCUUCAAGGGCCUGGACAGCCUGAGUCGACUAAACCUUUCAGGAAACUUGUUCUCCUCAUUGGCUCAGGGAACGUUUGACAGGCUGGUGUCUCUGAAGGCACUGGAGUUUCAGACACCUUACCUCCUCUGUGACUGCAACCUUUUGUGGCUGUUGCGUUGGAUAAAAGAGCGGAACCUUUCUGUGAAGAACACAAAGUGUUCCUACCCUCAGUCACUCCAGGGUCAGCUCAUAACCUCGCUGAGGCCUGAGCUCCUCACAUGCGAUGCUCCCCUCGAGCUGCCCUCCUUCCACCUAACCCCGUCCCAACGUCAGGUCGUCUUUCAGGGAGACAGCCUCCCCUUCCAGUGUCAGGCUUCCCUUGUUUCCGAAGACAUGCAGGUACUCUGGUACCAGAAUGGCCGAAUGGUUAAACCAGAUGCCACUCAGGGCAUUUUCAUAGAGAAGCGCAUCGUGCAGAACUGCUCACUCAUUUCCAGUGCCUUAACCAUCUCUAACAUCCAGCCCGGGUUUAUGGGGAAUUGGGAAUGUCGGGUACGGACGAGCCGAGGAAAUACGACCAGGACCGUGCACAUUGUGGUUCUGCAAAGUUCUGCUAAGUACUGCGCUCCUGAACGGGUUUCCAACAACAGGGGGGAGUUCAGGUGGCCCCGCACUCUGGCAGGAAUAAAAGCCUACCUGUCGUGUAGCUCAUCGCUGUCUAGUGCACGUGCCAACACAGGCAUCCUGGGGGAGGAGCGGCAGGCGUGGCGUUACUGCAGUCCAGAGGGGCUGUGGGGGGAGGAGGACUACUCCCAUUGUCAGUUUCAGAAAGAGGUCACAAGGUAUCUCUACCUCUUCAAUCAGAUGCCUCUGAACGAGAGCAACGUUGUGCACAAAGCUCAAAGCCUUUUGGUUUACACCAUCGAUGCUGCCAACUUGUCAGACAAGAUGGACAUUAUCUUCAUUGCUGAUAUGAUUGAGAAGUUCACCGAGUUUGUGGAGAAGUUUAAGGUUCUUGGUGAGGUAAUGGUCAGCAUGGCCAGUAACCUGAUGUUGGCUGAUGAGAGAGUGCUGUUGAUGGCCCAGCGUGAAGCCUUGGCGUGCACCCGCAUCCUCGCCUGCCUGCAGAGAAUAGCCGUCAGUCGCCUGGCCACGGCACAACCCUUCUCCCUGACGUCCCCAAACAUCGCGCUCGAGGCCCAAAUAAUCAGAGUCAGCGACUGGAACGGCAUGACCUGCAUGCUUUUCCAGAGCCGCCAGCUCACGUUAAAAUGUAACACCACCGGCGCCUUCUCCACGGUUUUCUACAAGAGCACCGUGGUGGAGGCUUCGCUGCAGCUUCCACAAUCUCUCUUUAACCAGGCUGGGCAGACAGACGAUAACGUCUACAAGCUCUACCUGCUGGGCUUCCGCAAUGGCAAGUUUUUCCCGUCGACUGGGAAUACCUCUCUUCUGACUGAUGGAGGGAGGAGGAGGAGUGUGGUCACCCCCGUUAUCAUGGCAAAGAUAGAGGGUAUCUCUCCGCGUUCCCUGAGGACCCCCAUCAACAUCACCCUGCGGAGGUUGGCUCGUGGCUCUCACGCCAUCGCUGCCCGAUGGAAUUCCAGCCUGGCAGGAGGUCAGGGAGGCUGGAGAAGUGAGGGCUGCCGCAUCCUGGAGAAUCAGGACAACUUCACCACCAUGUCCUGCAACUCUCUGGGCAACUAUGGUCUGCUCAUGGACCUCAACAGUGUUGAGCAGCAUUCUCCAAGCAUCCAGCCUCUACAUCCAGUCAUCUAUGCUACAAGUAUCAUCCUCCUGCUCUGCUUGUUUGCAAUUAUUAUCAGUUAUAUAUAUCUAUACAGGACUGUUCGAGUGAGUCGGAAGUUUUGGCACAUGCUGGUCAAUCUCUGCUUCCAUAUCUCCCUUACUUGUGGGGUUUUUGUAGGCGGUGUCAAUCAGACACGAUACGCCAGUGUCUGCCAGGCAGUGGGCAUUUUGUUGCACUAUUCGACUCUUUCUACUGCCCUGUGGGUGGGCGUGACUGCACGCAAUAUAUACAAGCAAAUUACACGCAAAGCCAAACGCUACGAGGAGUUGGAUGAGCCGCCGCCGCCCCCAAGGCCGAUGCUCAGGUUCUACCUAAUCGGUGGAGGGAUACCCAUCAUUGUGUGUGGAAUAACUGCUGCAGCCAACAUUAAAAACUACGGCAGCCAAACAAAUGCACCAUAUUGCUGGAUGGCCUGGGAGCCGAGUAUCGGGGCCUUCUACGGACCAGCGGGAUUUAUCAUCUUCGUGGACUGCAUGUACUUCCUCAGCAUCCUGCUGCAGCUGCGCCGACACCCUGAGCGACGCUACGAGCUGAAGGAGUCGAGUGAAGAGCAGCAACAUUUGGCUUCAGUCAGCAGCGAUGCAGGACCAGAGGGUCCCAGAAGCCACUCCCAGCCCCUCACCGCGCAGCAUCAGCAGAACGAGGCAUCAUCCUCUGUAGGUUCGGCCCCGCUGCCGCUCUCUGCUCUGGAGAACGAACACACCUUCACCGCCCAGCUGGUCGGGGCAGUGGGAGCUUUAGGGCUCUAUUCAGCUCUCUGGGUGUUCGGCGCUAUGGCUGUUUCACAGGACCACCCUUACGACAUGGCUUUCACCUGCCUCUUCGGCCUGACGGCUCUGGCACUGGGGGCGUUCAUGGUGGUGCAUCACUGUGUCAACAGACAAGACAUGAGAAGAUUUUGGUCGCAGGAGUUUUGCUCCAGAAGGCGACCUUACUCUGCGCAGGAGGAGGUCCUUCUCCCUCAAACAGGCAUCGCUGUGAUGUCAACUGUAACGUCUGAUACUAAAGUCGACAGGGAUUCCACAAAAUGUGGUCAUAGCAGUACGGAUUCCUCGCACACUAACAGGAGCGCACCAAGUGUGCGCAACUCAGGGCAUGGCAGCAAGCUGACAAACCUGCAUGCAGAGGCUGCUCAAUGCAAAGCUGCCUCUGCACCGCCGGCGGCUAACGGCACAGCCGUUCUAGACAACAGUCUGACCGAGCAUUCACUGGACAACGAAAUAAAAAUGCACGUGGCGCCGGUGGAGGUGCAGUUCCGCCCGAUCAGCAACAUUCACACCCCAGCAGCUAACGGAAGCAUAAGCAGGCAUCAGAAGAACAGAGCCCGAGCACACAGGGCGAGUCGGCUGACCGUGCUGCGAGAGUACGCCCACGAUGUGCCCACAAGUGUAGAGGGCAGUGUGCAGAGCGCCCCCAACAGGCGGCACCAUUACUAUGACAUGGCCGCACGCAACAGUCGACGUGCCGCCUACAUGGCCUACAGGGAGCGCCACCAGAGCCAGCUGCAGCAGGACAGCAGCGACAGCGCUAGCCUGCCGCGGCGCUCCCGCUUGUCAGAGAAAAGAACUGGCGCUGUUCUCGGAAAUGGGACGGCAGUGACCGUAGAAGCAGAGCAGGCGGUUCUAACCGGAUUGCCAGCUGUCAGUAAAGACACCGUACAAAUGCCAGGCAGUUCGGAACCCGAAAGCCAGAACAGUAAGUCGUACGGACUUAACCUGGUCACUCAAAGCGGCGGCACGCUGAAGAAAAAGGGACAAGCAGUGCCUUUAAGGAACGGUGAUGGCGUCUGUAUAAAAACAGGCCUGUGGAAACAUGAAACUACUGUGUAGCACACGUUUCCCUCCUGAGGUCUGCUUUAAUAAAACCCUCAUACCUUUUAAACUGUGAAAUAUCUUUAAUGUUGACUGUUUUUCAGAGAAAACAUUGGAAAUAAGCAGAACUGCUGCCACUUAGCUGUCCUUGUAGAUAUCCUUUUGUAAAUGUUCUAUUUUUAUAAUUUUCUAAUCCAACACUGUUGAUUUCUGAGUUCUGAGUGAGAAUGCAUAUCUUCACUGUUUAUUGGAACCAGAAUUAGUAAUAAAACAAAGUUUCAUUUAUCUA